UUAAUUAAGACUAAUAUAAAGUAAACUCAAAAUUGUGGAAUAUACAAAAUGCAAGCUAACAAAAUAAAAGCAACUUUAAAAUUCUUCCGAUCUCCUUGCAUGCUACAACGUAAAUUACGAUGUUUAACAAUAAUACGACACAAUUUUACUUCAACCGUGGAUGUUAUGGAUGUAUUUACAAAUGAAUUAUUUAAAAAAGAUAAACCAAAAUCUGACAUAUUGAGUGUAAGUAAUUUAUAUGGUGGGAAAGAAGUAUGUUGGAGUUACUACACCAAAAACGACAAUACUACUAACAAUGACGUUAAAAUGGCAAAUGAAGAGAUUGACAAUAGUUUACUAGGCCUUUUAUCAAAAAAUAAAGACAAACAAGUUGUAGAUUUGAUAAAAAUGUGUAGUAAUAAUAGACAAUUUAUAAGUGAGAGCACUAUAAAGAGAUUAUUCCGAACUUAUAGCAUUGCUGGAAAGCCCGACAUUAUCGCUAUUCUCCAACAAUACUGCUAUAAUGUUGAUUACGAGCUUUAUAAGCGUAAUGGAGAAUUUUUACACUAUUUGGCCAAAGCUCACUGUUUUAAAGGUAAUGCUGAAAAAGGUCUUACAAUAUUAUCAAAUUGUUACGAGAAAUAUGAAGGUUUAAGAGGUUUCUACAGAAUAAUAUUUAGAGAAUUAAUACAAGAUACAAUACUAAACAGGUCUGAGGCCUCUUUGGUUAUUUUUAAGAAGUAUGUCUUAGAAUUUAGUAAAAAAUGGAAUGAUGAUUAUCCUUUGGUAUGUUUUUGGCACAUGUGCUGGUCUAGUAGUUGGUUCUCUGAUCAAAUGCUAUCUAAUGAGCUGUUGGAGACAUCUGAAAAAUUACAAAAUAUAGUAAGAGAAAAGGCAACAAUAUUUAGUAUUAAUAUUUUAAGGGAGUACAAUGAAGAUGCAGUUGUAAGCCUAAUGCAGUCAUUACUUAAAUAUAAAAUGAUCACAGAAUAUACUAAAGUUUUACAAUUGCUCUUUAAUUACAAAUUGAGAAACCGCGAUAUCCGAGGUUGCAGAGAGAUAGUCCGAAAUUGUGAAGCUCUUGGUAUCAAAUUACCUUCCGACCAACAAGGAAGAUACAUAAGAAUGCUCAUAAACAACGAAAUGUCCGAAGAAAAACCUAUAACAAAACCGACAUUGAAGAAUUUUAAAAUGAAAUUUUAGAUCCUAUACUCUAUUUUAUUUACCACCUGUUUUGCUAUCAGAUGACAGAAUUACAAAUAUU